AUGAUGCUGCUGCUGCUGCGUGUACUUCCUGCCCCUCAUUGAACGCUGUGCUCGAGCAGAGGUGCGCGCUGGUGCUGCUGCUGCGGAGCGUUGGCUCGCCUGGGAAAGUGUUCGACGGAUUAUCCAUCGGGAACGGAGCUAGUACUGUGGUGCUAACGUCAGACUGCAGACGGGACCAGCCAUGCAAAGCUGAAAGUGUGGAUGUUAGACAGAGCGUCACCGCCGGGGGUUCAACGUAUGGCUUUAUUAAAAAAAAGUGUUUUGAGGAUCAUGCCGUCUUCCCAAAAGGGAACUUUUUCUGAAGUCUGAAGGGCUAGCUCCCGAGCUAGCCAAGCUAGCGAACUAUUUUUAAUUGGCUUGGAGCUCAAUGGCACUCGCUUGUUUCUUCGUGUCAUAGCGAAAAUACUUAAAAGUGUAUACACGGGAAUAACCGUGCAGCCGAAGUGUCUUUGAAACGUAGACACCACAAAAGGGACCGAAAAUGAAGAAACAAUUCAAUCGAAUGAAACAGCUCGCCAAUCAAACUGUUGGCAGGGCAGAGAAAACAGAAGUUCUCAGCGAUGACCUCCUACAGAUCGAGCGGCGGAUGGAGGUGGUGCGGGUGGUGUCCCACAACACACACAAGCGGAUGGUCACCUGCCUGCAGGGCCACGUCGGUGCGGACGCCGAGAAGAGACACAAAAAGCUUCCCCUGACGGCUCUAUCCCAGGCCAUGGUGGACGGCGGGGGCCAGCUCGGAGAGGACUCGCUGAUUGGGAAGAUGAUGGAGGUGUGCGGGGAAGCAGAGAAUCGGCUGGCGUCCGAGCUGAUGCACCACGAGCUGCAGGUGGAGAAGGAUUGUCUGGACCCUCUCAACCAGCUGGCGGAGGUGGACAUCCCCAACAUCCUGAAGCAGAGGAAGCAGCUGGCCAAGCUGGUCCUGGACUACGAUUCUGCCCGAGCGAGAUGGUUGCAGGCAACCAAGUCGAUAAUCUCCGGAACAAACACGCAAGCACUGACGGUCAAGGCAGACCUGCUUAAAGAAGAGAUGGAUGAGUCCAUGAACAAAGUGGAGAUGUGCAAGGACCAGCUGGCUGCAGACAUGUACAACUUCUACUCCAAAGAGGGGGACUACGCCUGCUACUAUGUCAUGCUCUUGGAGGCCCAGGCAGACUACCACAGGAAAUCUCUCACUGUUCUGGAGAAUGUCUUACCCACCAUACAAGCCCAGCAAGACUCGUGGACGGAGAAGCCAGCGUUUGGCACGGGGCUGGACGAGCACCUGAAGAGGAGCAGCAGGGAGAUCGCUCUGCCCAUGGAAGCCUGCGUCAUGAUGCUGCUGGAGACGGGCAUGAAGGAGGAGGGUUUGUUCAGAAUAGCAGCCGGGGCUUCCAAACUGAAGAAGCUCAAAGCCGCCCUGGACUGUUCCACCUCACAGCUGCAGGAGUUCUACUGUGACCCCCACGCCGUAGCUGGAGCCCUGAAGUCAUACCUGAGGGAACUUCCAGACCCUUUGAUGACUUUCCAGCUCUACGAUGAUUGGAUACAGGCCUCCAGUGUUUCAGAUCCAGAUAAGAGGCUGCAGGCCCUUUGGGUCGUAUGUGACCAACUACCAAAGAACAACAAAGCUAACCUGCGGUAUCUGGUCAAGUUCCUGGCCAAGCUGGCCGAGGACAGCGAGCAGAACAAGAUGACGCCCAGCAACAUCGCCAUCGUCCUGGGUCCCAACCUACUCUGGGCCAAGACCGAGGGGAGCCUGGCGGAGAUGGCUGCAGCCACCUCUGUGCACGUGGUCACCAUCAUAGAACCCAUCAUCCAGCACGCCCACUGGUUCUUCCCCGAGGACGUUGAGUUCAACGUGUCGGGCAUGUUCGCCAUGCCUGCGCCCGCCUCGGGCUCCAGCAACCACCUGGACUACGACUGCAGCACGGUGGAGCGGAAGAGGCCCGGCAGCAUGGUGUGUCCCGAGCCCAGCGACGCCUCGCGCAAGGAGAGCUCCGCUAACAAGCACUCGGACAACCACACCCUCCGUAGAGGCAGCAACACGUUAGGUAGAAAGCAGCAUGCUUCGCCCGCCUUCCAGCCCCCCUUGCCCCCCGUGGAGGCCCCCGGGCUGGGGCUGGGUCAGGGCGGGGGCGGUGGCGGGCAGGUCCCCCACCCCACGCCCGAGCCCCAGCCCCCGGCCCCGGCGGGGGGGCUGGGGGCCGCGGAGCACUGCCUGCCCAGCUUGGCGGCGAGCAUGGCGGCUCUGGCGACCGCUCAGCAGAUGCUCGCCCAGAGCACAGAGGACAUCAGCAACCCCAAGCCUCGAGAGCCCGCCCUGCACCAGAGGAAUGGCUCCUGGGGCGGGGGCCAGCUGGGGACCCCCGGGGCCGGAUCUACGGCCCCCGGUAAACAUCUGAUGCACAGAGCCAAGAAGCCGGCCCCGGCCCCGCCCAAGCCCUCAAACCCUCCACCCAGCCACCCUCUGAGCACCUCCACCAACCACCAGUCCUCGGCCUCCUCCUCCUCCUCCACCUCCUCCACCUCCUCCUCCGGCUCCUCCCAGUCCCUGAGCCCCACCACGCGGCCCAUCUCCAGCCACUCCCCCACCUCGCCCACCGCCCCCUCCCCGGGGCCGUGCGCCACCCCGCGCCGCCCCUCCAGCAACCAGCCCCCCAUCCAGGCGCCCAACCACCCGCCCCCGCAGCCCCCCACCCAGACCAGCCCCUCCAGCCAGCCCCGGUCGCUGGGCCAGCCCCCGGCGAGCGCGGAGCCCCCGGGGGGACGGGGGGACGCCUCCCCCCCAGACACCCCCACCCCGCCGGACACACCCCCUCCUUACUCGCCCGCCGCCCCCGCCCAGGACAGCCCCGGGCCGGUUGCUCCCUCCGCCCCCUCCCCCUUCCAGUCGGGCUCGCUGCCCCGGCCCCGCCCGGUCCCCCGUCCCCGGAACAGACCCAGCAUCCCGCCGCCGCCGCAGCCUCCCGUCGCCGCGGGAGACGCCAACGGGAUCUGCGCCGCCUCGUACAAGAUCUUGGACCCGGCCAUGUCUUUCAAAGGCCUAACCCGAGCCCUGGUCCCUGUGCUCGAUGCGGACCAGCAGCCAGACCCCUCCCCCACCACCACCACCUCCUCCACCCUCCCCCCCUUCACGCUCAAAGACCUUGACCUGGAAACCGAGACCACCGUCCUAUGAGGAGAGAGAGAGCGAGGAGGAGGAGGGGGGACGGAGAGGGG